UUCGCGCCUUUUCACUCUUGACACCAAGGAAGCGUUGAACCAUUUCGGCUGUCAUUACAUUUGUGGGUUGCGUUUGAUCAGUUGUGUUCGCUUGUAUUAACACUAAAAGCUAAAACCAAAUUAUUUUCAAAAUGUCUAAUAUGAAACGUGCUAGGAAGACAGGAAAUAUGUAUCAUCGGGCGAAUAAAUAUUCGAUAAUGGGUCCAUCACGCCAAGACCAGCAGGAGGCAAGCUCAAGUCGACACAACGUAGAGGAAUUUAGUGCCGCAUAUGAAUGGCAAAAUAAAUAUGAUGAUGCAAUGGAGGAUGGCCAUCAGGAUACCGUGCAGCACGAUGAAGGGGAUUCUGUGCAGGAUGGCGAUGCAAACUUCACGGAUGAUAGCGAUGUCGAAGCUGGUAGUGCGUUAAAUAUUGAUAAUAUGUCUAUAGAGGAUGGGAUACGAUAUUGGGCACUAUCGAAUAAUCAAACCCAUCAGUAGAUAAAUAUGGUGCUGCGUCUGUUCAAAAAACCAGGGGAGAAAGUACCGGCAUCUGCCAAAACGCUGCUUAAAACUAAACGAAAUCCAUCAUCGGAGAUAAAGGAUAUCGAUGGAGGACAAUUUUGGUAUCGAGGAUUCAGAAGUUGCCUAUUAAAUUA